AGGGGGAAGAAGAAGAGCGGCGGCGGCGGCAUGGCGGCGCGACUCCUGCGCGAUGUGGCAUCCACUGCGGCCCGGUCGGCGCGCGGCCACCGCGUCCCCGACCUCUGCGGCGCGUUUGCCGGUCCUGGAAGCCGAGGCACCGCCCCCGCCACUCAGGGCCUUCGUCAUUUUGCAGCACCGUCCAGUGAAGCAGUGGGGAACUUAGAGAUGAGCUUGGAAUUGGAUGCACCCAAACCAAAGCGUAAUCGAUCACGUAUUGCAAAGAAAAGCGGAACAGCCAUGAUGCUUCCACUACAUUUCCAUUACAAAGAUGUACUACGUCAGGAUCUGUUGCUGAAACAGAACCAUGCCAAUAUCAUGCAAGUUCCUGGAUUGUAUGGAAUCAGAUUAGCACCAAAAGCAGGUUCUGAUUUGAGGGUUCCAAUUGGAAAAUUGGCAAUGGAGAUUUUGAGUGGCCAGAGAUUCAAAGAGGUACAAAGUGACCCUUUUUCUAAAGCAAGAAAGUCUGCUCGAACCAAUCCAUUCAUUGGGGCUGGCAAAGACAGUGGCAAUGCCUUUGCACGACAGAGUGUUCUCCGAGGGCAUGCAACGUACAAUUUCUUGGUCAGAAUGUUGACAGUGAUGUCCAUGUUAGAUUCUCGAGCCGAAAUUCAGGAAAACACCAUAAAGUCCUUCAUGGAGACGGAGUUCUGUGAGUUCUCCCCUGAACUGGAAGAUCACUUUGAGAUCUUUGAGCAUAUCCGAGGAUUCAACGUGACUAUCGUCACUUCGUUCCUAUCUUUAUUUCCGCUUAAUGUCCCUGACAUUGUACUUGCUGCCCUCCUUGAACUGAACCUUCAGUUGACUGUUUGGCAGGGGCUGAAGGUGGUCACUUCUCUCAAAAUGGGUGGUGGUUAUUGCUCAGUACAAUGCAGCAUCCAUCAGUUUUGUAGACUGAAUGAAUGAAGCUUGCAUGAUUGUUAUGUGUAGCGAUGUACGGAGCUCAUGUUUAAUUGCUACAUUUAAUACUAUAUGGACUUAAUAAUGUAGGCUUCAAUAGGUAACUUUUUGCUUAUUUCUGUGGGUCAUGCUGUAGUAGUAGUAGCAUGGAAUGCUCGUUGCUGUUUGUCAAAACCAUUGCAAGAGAGGGCAACGCAACGAAGCUCAUCUUCAGUACAUGAAAUCUUCGCAACGAAUUCCAUUUUGCC